CUGGCCUUGGCCACCCCGAAGGCUCCGGUGAAUCUCCCCCCGGAGGAAUUACCCCGGGAGAUCCUUCAACUCUCCCUUGCCCCCGGUGCUUCACUGAUGCAUGGUACUGCCGCGUCGAGGGCCUUCCUGCGGGGCAUCACCCUGAAGAUGGAUAGAGAAGUCUUCGAGACAUACGACGAUGAUGCCCUCGAGAACAGGAUCCUCCGGUCCUCUCUCACUGCCUGCAUAGCCCUCGGGGAACAGGCCCGGAGGCGUGAGGAAUGGUGCCUUCACGAGGCCGAGCAAGAUAAGAAGAUGGAGGGGCUGAUUCGCAAGAACUCUGAAGCGAUGAAGCAUGCUGCGCAGCUGGAGGAGGCCCUCCGGGAGGCGAAGGCGGCGGCGGAGAAGGCCAAGGCCGAUGGCAUAGCCGAGGGCAAGGCAGAGGCCGAGAGGGUUGCUGCCGAGGCGGCGAAGAAGGUUGCCGAUGAGGCCAAGACCGCCAAGGAGGGAGCUGUGGCCAAGGCCCGAGAGGAGGCAGUUGCUGAGUUCCUUGCCGAGGGCUGGAGGCCCGAGGGCCAUAAGGAGUGGGUGGCCUCCGUGGUGGCGGCCUCGGUGGAUGCUUGGGUAGAAGGCCCCGGGGUUGACUGGCUGACAGAUAGGGGCGACGCCUACUACCAGGGGGGGUGAAUUCUUUACCCAGCAUCUGAUUUACCGGAGGCUCGCCAGGCACUUUGGCGUAUCCCUCGACCAAUUUGACCCCUCAGCAUACGACCUCCCUCCAUUGCAACCAGAUGUGAGAGUUCCCCUCCCCCCAGGCGAAGAGCGGCCGACGAUAUACGACUCUGUGAUGAUGGGGGGUGAUGGGGGCGGAGCCGUCGGAGGUGAUGCUACUGGGGAAGAAGUCUCCUCCAAAGCCGCCGUAGAAGAUGCCCUCGGAGAUAAUGAUGCUGAAGUCACAGAGAAGAUUUGUACUUAGAGAUUUCUGAACAAAUUUUUGUAAUGAACACCAUUGAUCCUUCGGCUUCGGCCUGUUUGUAAUUUUACACUUACUUCUGUUCUUGAUGAAUGCAUGCUGCCUCCGGGCUUUUCACAUUUGAAUGCACCCUAUGUUUGAA